AUGCCUCGAGUUCCAAAGCGUCGACGCUACUCGCUUGAGAUUCCCGAGGCUGUGGAAGAGGAUUCUUCCUCCUCCUCCUCCUCCAACUCUUUUGCUUCCUCUUUCUCCUCCUCCACCUCUUCCUCUUGCUAUCCUCUGCUUUCAAGUAACCCAAGCACCUCGGAGGAUGCUGCUGGGGCAUCGAAUCCUCCCCGGAGCUCUCCAAGUGCCCAUGCCUCCCCUACUGCCUUUGCCGCUGCUGCUCCCUUGAGCCAAUCCAUCAGCGAAGAAGGGGAGGGUCUGAGUACCUCCUGGGCCCUGCCAGGUACAGAGUCCUUGCCCAGAUACGUGAUUAAUGAUAAGGUAGCUGAUCUGGUAGGGUUCCUGCUCCUGAAGUAUCGCACAAAGGAGCUGACCACAAGGGCAGAAAUGCUGAGUAGCAUCAUCAGAGAGCACCAGGACCACUUUGCUGUAAUCUUUAGGAAGGCCACUGAGUGCAUGCAGCUGGUUUAUGGCAUUGAUGUGAAGGAAGUGGACCCCACCAGCCACACCUAUGUCCUAGUCACCAACCUGGGCCUCACCUAUGAUGGGAUGGUGAGCGAUGAGCACAGUAUGCCCAAGACUGGCCUUCUGAUACUCAUCCUUAGUAUAAUCUUCUCGGAGGAUGAUUGUGUCCCCGAAGAGAGGAUAUGGGAAGCACUGAAUGCCAUGGGGGUGCAUGCUGGGAUGGAGCAUAGCAUCUAUGGGGAGCCCAGAGAGCUCCUCACCAGAGUUUGGGUGCAGGAACAGUACCUGGAGUACCGGCAGGUGCCCAACAGCGAUCCUGCACGGUAUGAGUUCCUGUGGGGUCCCAGGGCCCACGCUGAGACCACCAAGUUGAAAGUCCUGGAGUUUUUGGCCCAGGUCAAUGGGAAUGACCCCAGGUCCUACACACACUGGUAUCAGGAGGUUUUGAGAGAGGAGGAACAGAGAGCCCAGGCCAGAGUUAGCACCACAGAUGAUACUACUGCCAUGGCCAGUGCAAGCUGUUCUGCCAUGGACAGUAGCUUCUUCUUCCCUGAGUGA